CUCAAACAAAAAAAGAGAGACAACAUAAUACGCAUGCGCGUCUUAAGUCUACGUCAGCUCUUCUCUAUUAACAAGCAGUCUGAACGCGACGUGGCCCUCAGUCCUCUGACUGUCUUCUCAUCUUAAACCACACAAACAGCCUAAACACCAUGGAUCAGGUAAUGCAGUUUGUUGAGCCCAGCCGGCAGUUCGUCAAGGACUCUAUAAGGCUCGUAAAGAGAUGCACAAAACCCGACAGAAAAGAAUUCCAGAAGAUUGCCAUGGCCACAGCGAUUGGGUUUGCCAUCAUGGGUUUCAUUGGUUUCUUCGUCAAACUCAUCCACAUCCCCAUCAACAACAUCAUUGUUGGCGGUUAAAUCCUGGUCAAGCAAAAACAAACUUCAAUACCCCGGGACAAGAGACGUUGGUGCAAAGUGUUAUUGGGCUGGUGAUGUGAUUGGGAACUGGAGGGAUGGCAUUUUUACAUUCUGUGCAUUUAUAUUUCACUGUGUAAAUAAAACAAAUGGAAACAAA